AUGACAAGAAGAUAUUGGAACAUAAAUUUGGAAGAGAUGAUGGAGGCAGGAGUUCAUUUUGGUCAUGGUACUAGGAAAUGGAAUCCUAAAAUGGCGCCUUAUAUCUCUGCAAAGCGUAAGGGUAUUCAUAUUACAAAUCUUACUAGAACUGCUCGUUUUUUAUCAGAAGCUUGUGAUUUAGUUUUUGACGCAGCAAGUAGGGGAAAACAAUUCUUAAUUGUUGGUACCAAAAAUAAAGCAGCUGAUUCAGUAGAGUGGGCUGCAAUAAGGGCCCGGUGUCAUUAUGUUAAUAAAAAAUGGCUUGGCGGUAUGUUAACGAAUUGGUCCACUACAGAAACAAGACUUCAUAAGUUCAGGGACUUGAGAAUGGAACAAAAAACAGGGAGACUCAACCGUCUCCCGAAAAGAGAUGCAGCUAUGUUGAAAAGACAAUUAUCUCGCUUGCAAACAUAUCUGGGCGGGAUUAAAUAUAUGACAGGGGUACCCGAUAUUGUAAUCAUCGUGGAUCAGCACGAAGAAUAUACGGCCCUGCGAGAGUGUAUUACUUUAGGAAUUCCAACAAUUUGUUUAACCGAUACAAAUUGUGACCCCGAUCUCGCAGAUAUUUCAAUUCCAGCGAAUGAUGACGCCAUAUCCUCAAUCCGAUUAAUUCUUAACAAAUUAGUAUUCGCAAUUUGUGAGGGUCGUUCUAGCUAUAUAAGAAAUCCUUGA